AUGGCGGGGCGUCCCCAGUUGGACGGCCCGGCAGGAAGACAAGCGAGAGCAGCUGAAACGACUCGACCCACGGCUUGUCCUUGUUGGCGGCGUUCUUCUUCGAGCUCGGGUACGUCUUGUCCAGGCAGUCCUCCUUCACGCGCCACGGCCGGGUCACCUUGCCGUCCUUGUUCCGCUUGUACGACGCCACGAUCUCGCACAUCGCUGGGGGCCGCUUGCGACGCGGCGCUCAAUCAAGGAAGGGGGAGCACACGCGCGGACGCACGUCGUGAAAUUGCACGCGGCGCGUUGGCAAACAAACCGGGACACAAACUGCGCAAGCAACCGCUACGCCCUAUAACCAUUACGCCACUCCCGCCCUCCCCCGCCGCGCCCUCUCUCUUUUUAUACGCCGCGGCUGCUCAUCAUACGUGCGCCCGCGCCGUGCACCGCGCUCUCGCGCACCCGCGCAGCGCCUUUACGCGCCGCCGCCCCAGCUGGGGGGUGGUGGCGGGCGGCGGUGGCGGGCGGCGCAGGAGCGCUUCGCACAGGCGCUGUUCGCGAUGGACAGCUUUUGACAGGAAAAGAAAGCGGAUUGCGGGAGAGAGGAGGAUAGCAGCCGAGAAGUUAGAGAAACGGAAGUCUACCUUCCGCGGUGAUAUUUCCGUCGUCUUGUCUCUGCAUUUAUGCGCUCCUAACACACACACGUCAUGA